AUGGGCCUGCUGCCUCUACAGCGGGAAGCUGCCAGACUGCUCAACUCUUUCUGUGCUGUGGAGAAGACUUUGCAGUGCAGUUGCUCCUUUCGUGGGAUCCCCACACCCUCUGUGCAGUGGUGGAUGGAUGGUGUUCCUGUGGAUGUGAACAGUGGGCAUGGCCACCUCCAGGUGACCUCUACCACACUUGGCCCCUGGGACAACAGCACCCUCAGCAUGGCCAAAAACCCAGAAAUGGGCACAGUCCUUCUUUGUGAGGGAAAGAACCAACAUGGAACCCAUGGUUUGAGCAUCCUACUGAUGUCAAGAAGGGGCCCUUUGGCUCCCCAGAUCUUUCUGAAAGCCUUGCUCCACGGUGUUGUCUAUGCAGCCAUGGCAACCACACUACUUUUCAUCUGCCUCCUCCCCUUGAUAAUGAAACUUCUCAGGAUGCAGAAGGCAAAGAAGUGUGCACAGAUGACAGCACAGCAGGACUCUGGACCCGAGGGAGACUCCGUCGUGAAGUGUGCACAGAUGACAGCACAGCAGGACUCUGAGCCUAGACCAGAGGGAGACUCUGUCGUGAAGCCCAAGGAACCUAGAAAAUCCAGAACCAUGUCACCUGGGAAGCAGCCCUCAGAAAAGGAAGCCAGCCUGAAGCCAGCAGAGCCUCUGGAGGAAACCGCACCACAUCCAAAGCUCCCACUAUUCCUAGAAUUACAAAAACCCACGGAGACCCCAGAAACCCCAAGUCCAUAAUAAACUUGAAGCCCUGCAAAUCUGAUCUCACGAAGACCUCUCAGCCUCUACAAAACCUGUGCACUCCAAGCUGUGAGACAACUACGGGGCCUGGGCUCAGGACUUUAAAAGGUCACCUGUACUACUGGUGUUUGGUGAUGGGAGUCACAGGACUAUGCAGUAAAUGCGCAGCUGACAGACCACUAGACAGAUCCACAGGAGUCUGAUCUGGUGAAGAACCCAGUGUGCAGAGCUUUGGGAACAUUUGUCUUUUGGAACUGUUAGUUCUGUAGAAAUUUUGUGAAAUCGUGAUGUUUCUCCCUUCCACUAUAUCCCAGCAAUGUAUAAAUCAUUCUUUAAACGUGAGUUCUCCUGCACUGGCAACUGGAUGACUUUUACCACACCAGUGAACCCUGGUAUGAAAACAUUCACUCAGCCAAAUCUUUGUUCUCAUAGUCAAAUCUACAUUAAGCUAGACUCCCGCAAUUAUCCUUAUUGCCAGGACUUCUUGACAGAAAGGAGCCCUGAGCAGGAGGCAGUACUGAUAAACAUGUCUAGGUGACCUGAAUUCUCUAGCAG